AUGAAGCAGGUCGCACGGGCAGACGCAAAGCUGCAGGGCGCCAAAGAUGUCAGAGCAGAGGACCAUAAGGCAUUCAAAGCCUCAGAAGUUUCACUGAUGGACACCAUCAGCACCCUGGACAAGGCUGCAGAGGCAGUGUCAGGCAAUGACGCAGACAAGAAGAAAUUGGCUUUGCAGCAGAUGUCAUCUGAUGAGGCCAACCAUGCAACCGAUAUGCUAUUGGGAUUGGCAGCCAUUGUGGACUCCGGUUCUGCAAAGAAGCCUGCCUUGCUGCAAGCACAGGACGGUCUGGAGGAUGAGGGCAUGGAGGGAAGCCUCAACGGUGAUAUGCAAUUCAGCUGCAGAAGCACGCAGAACCAGGACCUGCUUGAUCUGUUGCAGAAGAUGUCAAAAGAGGCUGAGAAGCAUCUCGCCGAACUACGGCAGAAGGAGGAGGAAGAAGGGCGUGCCCAUGAGCUUCUCACAGCCUCCCUGAAACGUCAGCUGGACGAAGACGGUCGCAGCUUAAGCGCAGAAAAAAACCGACAGCGAGCUGCUACUGUGCUGAAAGCCAAGCUGCAGGGCGACAGGAGUGGUGCGGCAGAUGGUAUCCAAACAGUUCAGACUACUCUGAGGACAACUCAAGACGCAUGCGUGCAAGCAGCUGCUGAUGAAGAAGCGUCUGGAAUUGGCAGAAGGAAAGAGCUACAAGUGCUCUCCGAAGCCGCCAAAGUGUUGCAGGGUGCUGCUGAGGGCGUGUCCUUUCUCCAGCUUAGCAAAUCAAGCGCAACGAGGCGAGCAGCUUCCAGCUCGCAGCAAACGGCGCCCGCGUUGGUUGAGGAGCCCACAGAACCAAGAAAUGAAGGGGCUCCAGAGCGAGGGCAUGUCGUUGUGAAGCUCCUGGGGCGUUUGGCUAAGCAGCAACAGUCGCCAGUGCUGGCGCAGUUGGCAGGAAAGAUCUCAACCGCUUUGAGGGCGCAGGGCGAUCCUUUGGCCUCAGUGCGUAAGAUGGUGCAAGAUCUGAUCCUAAAGAUGCAGGAUGGGAUGCAACGAGAAGCAUCUGAGGAGGCCUACUGCAAGACUGAAACCUCGCGCUCUGAAGCUCGUAUCAAGUCGCUGCAAAACACCUUAGACACUGCACAGAGCGAAAUUGACAUUUCCAGCUCUUCUUCAACCCUGCUUGGCGCAGAAAUCGACAAACAGCGGGAGGAGCUAGAAGCCUUGGCCAAGGAACAAGCACAAAUGACCAGUGCACUUGAUGAGAUGAAGCAGGACUAUGAAAAAUCCAAGUUGGACCUGCAAAAAGGCUUAGAAGGCAUCCAAGCUGCUUUGGAGAAGCUGCAAACCUACUACGGCGCGGGGCAGCCGGCGCUGAUCCAGAAGAGCUCCGACAAUAGUGCUGCUUUUGCACAGGUAGAGGAAGAAGCAAGCUCCAAGGAAGUUGCCAUCAUGGCCGCAUCCAUGGACAUGGACGUGUCAGAGGACCAGGCCUCAUCCGAUGGCCCAAAGGAGGAUGAAGCGCAGAACUCUUUGGCUACAAGAGCUGCAGAAGCAGUGGCUGCUUUGCAGGAGGUUGCUACCCCAGCAGCCCCAGUCGCACCAUCGCAACAUGUGGCGAGCACGGGUGCUGGCGCUGGUAUCAUUCAAUUGCUGCAGGUGUGCGAGUCACGUUUUGCGGAUAAUCUUGCACAGCUGGAAACCCAAUCCAGCGAUCAGCAGAUGCAGCAAAAGGAGCUGAUGAAACAGAACCAAAUUUUAACGAACCAGAAGGAGCUUGAGGUGGAGCGCAAAACGAAAGACAAGAAAUCCGCCGAUGCCGAGGUGCGCAGGCUGACGGAAGAACUGGAAACAGCCAAGAAUGAGCUUCAGCCCUUGCAAGAGUACUACCAGCAGGUCAAAGAGCGCUGUGACAAGCGAACCUCGCGGGAGGAGAUCAUGCGCAGAAGAGAUCAAGAGAUUGCAGGUUUGAAAGAGGCUUUGGCAGUGUUGGAGGGCGAGGCUUUGGUUCAGGUGGAGAGCAACCGCGUGGCUUCUUUCCUUCAGCGAGAAGGCAGCCUCGAGCCACGAGCUUUGAUCCUGGACUGCGAUGGUGUAAUUGCAGAUUCCGAGCACUUGCACAGGGAGGCCUACAAUGAGGUUUUUGCGGAAUUUGGCUUGGACACAAGCUGGUCCAAAGAGCCAGAUUUGGUGGAGCUGUGUUACGAUGAUCUCCAGACGCUCCCUGAGGAUGAGCUACAAAACAAGAUUGGAGGAGGCAAACCAAAGAUGAGAUAUCACUUUGGUAUUCAUGGAUGGCCCGCAUCGAGUCUUGGCCCUGCUCCCAAAGAAGAAGCAGAUCAAGAUAAGCUGAUCGACGCACUUCAGGAUCGAAAGACUGAAAUCUACCGGAAGUACGUUGCGGAUGGCCGCUCAUCAGCUCGCCCGGGCAUUGUGGAACUGAUUGACACCAGCUUGGAUCGUCCAGAUUUGAAGACAGCAAUCUGCUCCGCUGGGACCCGUGAAGCUGCCCAGCAAGUAUUGAUGGCCAUCCUGGGGGAGGAGCGUUUGGACCGUUUCGAUUUGAUCCUCUUGGGCGAUGACGUGAGUAGGAAGAAACCUGACCCUUUGAUCUACAGAUUAGCAUCUGAACGCUUGGGAGUGGCCCUUUCAAACUGUGCAGUUGUUGAAGAUUCAAAGAUCGGCCUGGAGGCGGCUUUGGCAGCCGGCAUGAAAUGCUACAUCACCUACACAGAUUCCACAGAAGGUCAGGAUUUUGGUGGUGCAGUACAAGUAGUAGCUGACGCGACGAAACUGGAUUUAAUUAAUAUUUUUCCAUUAUUUCAAUCCGAAUCAAAUUAA